AUGUCCUCUCCUCCUUCAUCUCCACAUAAACCACCGCCGUCGUCAGCCUCCAGUCCAUCUUCUUCCCUCCCAAAGCUUCGAUUCUUCCUCUUCCUCUUCCUCGUCCUUCCCGCCAUCAUCCUCAUCCUCGCCCUCCUCCCCCCCUCCGCAGGCGCCACAACGGCUUCUCUAUCGCUCUCCAUCGCCCGCCUCGUCCACCACCCCGGACAACAGCUAUCCUCCCUCGUCCGCCAAACUCGAUUCUUCUCCCUCACCACCACCACCACCACCACCACCACCACCACCACCACAGCCGCAACCAUGCGUCUGGACAAGUACGAAAAGGAGCUGCAAAUCGCCCAGCUCGCCGUCCAGCGCGCCUCCAUCCUCACCAAGCGCGUCUUCCACGAAAAGGCCAAGGGAACCGUCGACAAGAACGACAAGUCCCCCGUCACAAUCGGCGACUUUGGCGCGCAGGCGCUCAUCAUCGCCGCCCUGCAGCACAACUUCCCGGACGAUGCCAUUGUCGCCGAGGAGGAGUCUGCGAAGCUCAAGGAGGAUGCGAACCUGAGAGCCACGGUUUGGGACUUGGUCAAGGAUACCAAGCUGGACGAUGCUGCUGCCGAAACGCUGCUCGGCGGACCGGUCAAGGAUGUCGAUGCCAUGGUUGAGCUCAUCGACAAGGGAAACAGCCCGGGCGGCUCUCAGGGACGCAUCUGGGCCAUUGAUCCUAUCGACGGCACAAAGGGCUUCCUCCGCGGAGGCCAGUAUGCCGUUUGCCUCGCCCUCAUGGUCGACGGCGACGUCAAAGUCGGUGCCCUCGGAUGCCCCAACCUCCCCAUCGACGACUCUGCCCGUCUCACCUCCGGCAUUGGCGAGAACCAGACCGACGAGGGCCACGGCGUGCUCUUCUCCGCUGUCCAAGGCCACGGCGCCACGAGCCGCCCACUCGCGACGGUCAAUCUCCAUGUCGAGGCCGGCACGCCCAUUUCCAUGCGCGCCAUUGAUGAUUUGACAAAGGCCAACUUUUGCGAGAGCGUCGAAGCUGGGCACUCGUCCCACGGCGACCAGGCCGCCAUCUCACAGAAGCUGGGAAUCACCGCGCAGAGCGUCCGCAUGGACAGCCAGGCCAAGUACGGCUCCAUUGCCCGUGGCGCAGGCGACAUCUACCUGCGCCUCCCCGUGAGCGCGACGUAUCAGGAGAAGAUCUGGGACCACGCUGCUGGCGAUCUCAUUGUGAGGGAAUCGGGCGGCCAGGUUACGGAUAUUCACGGCAAGAGGCUGGACUUUGGCAUCGGACGGACGCUCGCUGGCAACAAGGGUGUUGUCGCGGCGCCGUUGGCGGUGCAUGGAAAGGUGUUGGAAGCGGUGCAGGAGGUUUUGAGUGCCAAGUUGUAA